AUUUAUCUUCUGUCUACUAUUACCCCUUUCACCAAGAUUUAGGCUUGCCUUCCUCUUAUCGCUCACUUUCUUCUGAAUUAUAUCAUUAUUUAUUGUUAUUACGAAUAAAUUAAGCUGAAUAAGCUCCACUUUUAGCAACUUCGGUUUGAUGGACCGGAAGAGAACGGAGAGUCCCGUCUACACGCGCCGGUGGACUAGUCACUCGGGCACGGGGAGCACCGGCGGCAGUGUCGAGUCACCUACAUUGUCGCCGGCGCAUCAUCCACCGCACCACGCCCGUUCUUCCUCCGCCACUGGCAUAUCCAUCAUCAAGCGCACGCAAAACUUCGCCGCGAAAGCUGCGGCUCAGCGGCUGGCUCAGGUCAUGGCCUCGCAAACCACUGAUGACGACGAUGAAGAAGAUGACGGCGACGAUCUAGGUUUUAAGUAUAGUGCUCCGCCUCCUCUCGCUCUGUCUAGAAAGGUUAAUUCCUCUUCUACUGCUGGCGGUGCCGGUAAUAAAGCCAUUCUUAACUCUACGAGGAUCGGGAGAUCUCCUUCACCUGCAUUGGCACGGAACUUGGUAAAGGAAGCACCACCAACUGUUCGAUCAACAUCAGCCGGAAGGUCGACAAUCUCUCAUCGUAUGGCACCACCUGUACCUCCCCCCAGUAAAACAUCACUGAGGACUGCUGUAUCUCUACCUUCUGAGCCUCCGAAAUACCGGCAACCAGAGAAAAGAUUUACAUCUGACAUUGGGUUUAACUCAAAAGAUACUGGAGAUAAUCGUGAGGCUUCUGCACUUCGUGAUGAACUUGAUAUGCUGCAAGAAGAAAAUGAGAAUGUCCUAGAUAAGCUCAGACUUGAGGAAGAAAGGUGCAAGGAAGUGGAGGCUAGAGUUAGAGAGCUUGAAAAACAGGUUUCUGCUCUUGGAGAAGGGGUAUCUUUGGAAGCGAAACUGUUAAGCAGGAAAGAGGCUGCAUUGCGUCAAAGGGAGGCUGCACUUAAGGAUGCGAAACAAACCAAGGAUGUUGUAGACAAGGAGAUUUUGUCUCUUAGAUCUGAAGUUGAGAAUGCUAAAGAUGAGGCGACAACCAUUGUAAGCCAACUUAACGGAGCUGAAUCUGAAGUUAAAGCCCUUCAUUCAAUGACUCAAAGAAUGGUAUUGACUCAAAAUGAGAUGGAAGAAGUUGUCCUUAAGAGGUGUUGGCUUGCUCGUUACUGGGGCUUAGCUGCGAGAUAUGGUAUCUGUGCAGAUAUUGCUGUCUCUAAGCAUGAGUACUGGUCAUCAUUAGCUCCUCUUCCUUUUGAGGUGGUUGUUUCUGCUGGACAAAAAGCUAAGGAGGAGUUUUCUGAAAAAGGUGAUGUCGAGAAUGAAAAGAGGAGCAAACUUGUUGAGGACUUGAGUGACCUGACUGGUGAAGGAAAUAUUGAGAGUAUGCUUUCAGUUGAAAUGGGUUUGAAGGAGCUUGCAUCCUUAAAGGUUGAAGAAGCUAUCGUGAAUGCAUUUGCCCAACAGAGAAGGGCAAGUUCUGUUAGACUUUCUUUGUCGGAUAUCAAAUCACCUCGUGAUAUAAAGUUUAUGGAGGCAUUUGAAUUGAGUCCAGAGGAGUCUGAGGAUGUUCUAUUCAAGGAGGCAUGGCUUACAUAUUUUUGGAGAAGAGCGAAAUCCCAUGGCAUCGAGGAGGAUACAGCAAAAGAGCGACUUAAAUUUUGGAUCAGCCGUUCUGCUCAUUCGCCAAGUUCACACGAUGCUGUAGAUGUUGAGGAAGGACUGAUGGAGUUGCGGAAAUUGGCAAUCGAACAUCGACUCUGGGAAUCAUCUCGUAGGAAUUGAGCUGGCCGACUGUUCCAAAGAUACGUAUUCCACGGUUUAAAAUUGUGUUUGCCCUCCAAAUGAGGUGUUGCCUCAACUGAACCAUGUGUGUUUGAUAGCCCACACAACUGGGCAUGGUAGCGGAUACGACUGCCAAUGGAAAACUGGGUUAUGUAGUUGGUAGAUAAAGGGCGU